AUGAGGAAUUAUAAGAUUUAUGUAUUUAAUUUUAUAGUAUAUAUUGGAUUUAUGUUGGGUAAGAUUUAUACUUUAAAAGGCAAGAUCUGGAAUCCAUUAUUUGCACGGGAAAUGACAAUAAAUGCACUGGAUUAUAAUAUAUCUACUGAACCGAGAGAAUUUAUCCAUAUUACUACUAACUACUCAGAUGAUUUUAAUAAAUCUUUUCGUAAUAUAGAUGUAGAAAUUAUUCCCAAUCAAAUAUCAGCCAUGGGGAAUUCAUGCAAUAGCUCUCAACUUCCAGUUCACUGUUCUGGAAAUGAAACUUCAUUCUUCAGUACACUCCCAUCCUAUACCACUACGACUAUCACUGGGUUCUUAUCAAAAGAUUUCAUAUCAUUUAAUUUCACAAAAAACAAAUCAGAUCCACUCAUUUCCUUAUUAUUGGAUACAAGAGGUCAAACUGCAAGUGCAAGCCUCUACUCCGUUGUAAACGAUACAAUCGUAUCGUCAAACUUAACUGUAAUUGACUUUUAUUCACAUAUUCCACUUCCUCUAUCACUAAUUUCAGAUAAAUCUCUCAAUGAGAAAUUAAUAUUUGUAAUGAUAUACACUAACACAUCACUAACAUUUGUAAUUAACAAUGUGGUAUUAGCUACAAUAAAUAUAAAUAUAGCUGAGGUUCCCCUACCUGUAUCUCAUUUGAAUGUCAAUGGUUUAACUGAAACAAAUAUUUACAUAGAACCUUUUAUAAGUAACUUGAGGUCUAACUGGUGUAGCAUUGAUGGAACUAAUUUGUCCAAUAUAGCAGUAGGUUAUAUAACGGUUCCAUACGCAGUGGCAUGUGCUUCACGCAAUAUCUUAAUUCCAAGAAGUUUAGAUUCAAGUAGUCAGUUGGUAUUAACUAUUCCCGGCAUAAACUCACUUAAAUCUUUAAAGAUAAUAGAUGAAGUUGUAGUUAGUUUGCAUGCUGAGUCUGGAAUUAAAUUAUUUACAUUGAUUGCAAAUGACAAUGGCGUGUACCUAAGAGGAUAUACUGGUAAUCAACUUCAGCAAUCAAAGGGAGGUUAUAAUCCAUUUUAUAAUUUUGGAUUUCAGCCAGUUUCCUUAAGAUUUACAUUUUCUUCACUUUUUAUUAUUUUGCUGAUAAACGAGCUUCCAUUAUUUGAACCUAUUAAUAUUCCUGACAACCAAAUCCCAUCACUUUUUUCAAUAGAAGGACUAAUUUCAGAUGCAAUAGUUACUCUACUUCCUUCCAAAUACUGCACUAUUACUAGCAGACUACAAUCUGAAGUUUGUGUAGUUGAUGGAUCCUUACCAAAUUCACUAAAUUUAGGAGGGAGAACUAGGAAUUACUAUGGUCAUCUAUUUGCUGCAUCUAAAAUAUACGAUUCAACAGAACUACCAACAAUUAACUUUACUCUUGGUAACUCUCCUAAAGAAGCCUUCAAUUAUUUUGUAGAUUUAAACUCAAGUAUAAUUGGAUUAUACCAAAAUAAUGAAACGACAAGUUUAGAUGCACCUUUCUCACUGAAUAAGUUAUCAACAAAUGAACCAAUAAUUUUGGAAUUUGGAAAGCUAGGCAUGCUAAUUCAAAGUAAGAUAAAUAGCCACAAUAUCGCCGAUUUCUUUAAUUUAUAUGCAUGGGAAGAACAUCCUCAAGAUAUUUAUAUUACUGGACCUAAUAUACAAUUAUUUUCAACAGCUUUUGUACCAGUAAUUACGAAUUGUUAUUUGUUAGAGCAUAAGGGAUCAUAUCUUACAUCUAUUUGCAUUGGAGAUGAAUUGUGCUUUGCUACUGGUAGCUCUGGUGGACCUAGUGGUGCAUCAUAUUACUUUAUUGGAAAACCAAAAAGUGAUAAAAUUGAGAUUUCAUUGCAAAUGAUUGAGAUCUCGCUAGGAAUAGUGAUUGAAUACAACUCUGGUCAUAUGAAUAUUCUGAGAAAGUCGUCAUCUGUCUUUAGUACUAUUUACAGUAAUAAAAUUCAACUAAAUGGAUAUAUAUACAAUAAUCCUGUUAUUGGUAUCAUGGAUACUGGUCAAUUUUUUAUUGUGACUAUACAAAAUAAUGAAGUAGUCAAAUUAUCAAAAGGUGGUCUAGGAGUUAAAGGGAAUAUUUCCUGUGUGAAGAUGACGUCAGUGGAGGAAGGCUUCAAAGCAAUAUAUUUUGUUGCAAACUAG